AUGACUGAUACUGUUGCCGUUCCGAAGCAUCUGGAACUCGAGUCCGAACGCCUGGCCUCAGCAAAAUUCUUUGGACAUACCCCAAACUUCAUAAGGAUUUGAAUAAUUCAUUUUUGGCUGACUUUCUUCACUCCACUGACAGCAAAGAGGACAAUAACAACUUACACGAAGCGGAAUUACGCUGUAUGGUACGUGGGUUGUAAGGUAGCCUACUGUUACGAGUGUUGUUCAGAGCCUGUUCGCCACAGUUCUGCCCAUCUGUGGCUUAUAUUAUGGCGCUCAGAGCGAAAGCGUUGUAUGAUUUCAAUGCCGAAAACCCAGGGGAGAUAUCGGUACGAGAAAAUGAACUUUUAACUUUAUACAGCGAAGAAGUUAUCGAAGGAUGGUUAGAGGGAACUAAUGCCAGGGGGGAGACCGGACUCUUCCCAGCCUCAUACGUGGAAAUUCUGAACAGUCAUCUCGACGCAAAUAUUUCGCAGAACAACAACGGCACAUCUGGAGAUGGGUAUUAUGGGAACCAUUCCACAAGUAGCCAUGAAAGUCACCCCGUGGAAGUCCCGAAAACUUCCACCCCCACUCAUUCUGCUUACCCUGCACAAGCACAUCAAAGGCACAGUUAUCAAACAAGUCAAGGAAGCGACGACGAUUGGGACGAUGACUGGGAUGACAGCUCAACAGUGGCAGACGAACCAUCCAGCAGCCAGAAUAAAGAUGGACAUUCUGGGUAUUCAAUAAAUACCUCUCCGCGUUCGCAUCAGCAAAAAGGCUCUGCAACUGUGGGUAGAAAUCUCAACAGAUUCUCAACUUUUGUGAAAUCUGGUGGAGAGGCAUUCCUAUUGGGUGAAGCAGCUGGAUUUGUUAAAGAUGGUGACAAAAUCUUUGUUGUCAUGGGAGAUUGUGGCCCAGAGUGGCAAGAGAACCCUUACCCUUUCGCAUGCUCCAUCGAUGACCCCACAAAGCAGACCAAAUUUAAAGGAAUGAAAAGUUACAUGUCUUACAAGCUCACCCCAAGCCACACUCAAAGCCAGGUACAGAGGAGGUAUAAACACUUUGACUGGCUGUAUGCACGACUGGUCGAAAAGUUUCCUGUCAUCUCAGUCCCUCAUCUACCCGAGAAGCAAGCCACUGGCCGGUUUGAGGAGGACUUCAUUUCAAAGCGGCGGAAAGGCCUCAUAUGGUGGAUGAAUCACAUGACGAGUCACCCAGUCUUGUCCCGGUGUGAUGUUUUCCAGCAUUUCCUCACCUGCAGCAGCACUGACGAAAAGGCCUGGAAGCAAGGCAAAAGAAAGGCCGAGAAAGACGACAAUGUUGGUGCCAACUUCUUCCUCACCAUCAGCCCACCCGCUGUGCCCCUUGACCUGCAGGAUGUGGAGAGCAAGGUGGAGGUGUUCAAGACGUUCACCAAAAAGAUGGAUGAAAACCUCAUCCAGGUCAACGUCACCAUCAACGAAUUUGCCAGGAAACAGAUCACUGGGUUCAAAAAGGAGUACCAAAGAGUUGGCCAGUCUUUCCGACUGCUCGGUCAAGCAUUUGAACUGGACCAGCAGCCUUAUUCUGUGCCUCUGAAUCAAGCUAUUGCAUUCACAGGCGAGGCAUAUGAGACCAUUGGAGAUUAUUUUGCAGAUCAGCCUCGUCAGGACAUUGACCCUAUCUCAGACCUUUUAGCCAUUUAUCAAGGACACCUCACCAACUUCCCUGACAUCAUCCAUGUCCAGAAAGGAGCACUUACCAAGGUGAAGGAGUGCCAGCACGGCGCGGCGGAUGGCGGCGUGAGCGAACGCUGCAACAUCAUCUCCUGUGCCACGCUGGCCGAGAUCCAGCACUUCCACCGCACGCGUGUGCGCGACUUCAAGGGCCAAAUGCAGCACUACCUGCAGCAGCAGAUCGGCUUCUUCCAGAGGAUCACCGGCAAGCUUGAGGAGGCCCUCCACAUGUAUGACCAGGCCUAGCUGGCCACCGGAGGUGGGGGGUGGCACUGGAGGGUGGCACUGGAGGCCUAGGGGUGGGGGGUGGCACUGGAGGCCUAGGACACAAUGGUGGGUGGGUACACACACCAGUAUUACACCAUUCUAAAGAGCUGGACGCCAUUGAGGCCAGCGUGAACAGGAGAAUAAAGUGUACAGACGGCCCGCAAUCUGUCAGGGAGAUAUUGACUGAUGGAUAUUGACUGAUGGAAUAAGUAAUCGAAUAUGUGGGGCCACAGUGGUACGAGCCACCAAGAGUACAUUACUCUCCAGGGUAGGCUAUGUUGAGUAUUCCCUAGCAUGUAGAUGAAUUUAGUUUUGUUUACUAAUGUUGCUGUUGCAUAAAAGUUAACCAUGAUUUUCUUCUAACUCAGAGACAUUUUCUCAAAGCCAAGAUGAUUGAUUUGACAUUUGAAAGGACAUUACUGGUAUCAAUUCACAUGUCUUAAUCCUUACUCCACACUGUCAUACUUUGGCCUUUAAUUGUUUGAAUGUACUUAUGCCCAAGACGUCUACCAGUUGCACAGGUGAGCUUUAGAAUCCCCUUUUGUAUUUGUGAUACAGAUUCUUUUAAAUGGGCAGUAAUAUAGAAUGAAGACUGUAAGCAUUCACUAUCUUUAUAUGCCACAGAUUAUGGGAACGCAGAAUAAGCACGCAUUCCAUGUUGAUAAUCAGUUGGGCACACUGCUGUUCCACUGUUGGCCUUGAUGCCCCACUCCACACACACACACACACACACACACACACACACACACACACACACACACACACACACACAAUCACAAAUGGAUAAUGAAAGAGAAAGGAAGUAGUUUUUAGCUUUUAAUGUAUGCUGUGCGAUAUGCAACGCUGUUGGACAUUUAUUAUGAACCAGAAAUGUAUUGGACAAACAUACGUACAAACAACGUACAAACAGACUUCAUGGAAGUUUACGCAGGCAAUCCUCUGACCUACAGAAAAUGAACCUUAGCUCUGGUGAUAACUACAUUUCUCACUGCAACCAAAGGACAUUGUACCCGUCGGCCUAGAGGAUCACCUAUUGAGGAGGUUACUCAACACCUCCUUUCAUUAUUUAGAUCUUAUUCCCUUUUCCAUUCCUAGUUACGAAAUCUCUAGAGUGUCUAUCUCCUACCAGACAUUUUAACUUUGCAGUGUUUUGCAAUCACUUCCCCCUCCCCCCUUUCAUAACUUGUUACGGAAUUCAGUGUUGGCACGAGUAUGAAUGCAGUCUCAGUUCAUUCGAAUGACAUUAAAGUGCAUAAUGAAAUUAAACAGUGAAACGGAGAAGAACCUGA